AUGGGUUCAUUUGGUUAUAAUAAUAAUUCUAUAGAAGGUGAUAUAUAUAUUCAAAGAUUAUCAUCAUAUAUUAAGAAAAAUGAAGAAUCUUUAGCAAAUGGUUUAUUAUGUUUUAGUAAGAAUAAAGUAGCUAUACACAAGAUAAAACCAUUAAGAUUGACUUUCACAAUACAUCAUUUAUAUUAUUUAACUGAAAGAAUUGAUUCAUCAAAUUUGGGAAUAGAUGUUGGACCGUUAAAUAUAAAAUUAGAUAAUCCAAAUCAUGAACCCACGUUUAUUUCAUUUAUGGCAAAUAAUGCAAGAUCUUCAAGAAUAAUGGAUAGUGAUACAAGAUCAAUUACAUCAAUAAAUUCAAUGAAAUCAAUUGUAUCAAAUGCAUCAAUGUAUUGGAGAACUUUUUCAAUUAGUAAAGAUCCAAAAAUAAUAAAAAAAGAUAUAAAGUAUUUAUAUUCAAGUUUUACCAAAAUUCCAUGCUUAAUUCUAACUCCCAAAACUAAAAUAAAUAGUAUACAAUCAUAUGAAGAAUAUCCUUGUGAUACUUCAGUACCUAUAAAAAUGUUUAAAAAUUUACAAGUUUUAGAAAUAAUAGAAUAUGAACCAAAUGAAAUUUUUGGUUGGAAUUUACUUAGUGAUCAAUUAAGAAUUCUAAUUAUUAGAAAAAGUAAAAUAAAUGAUAUGUCAGAAGUUUUAUUUGAUUUGGUUUUAGAUGAUGAAAAUGGUAGGUCAAGUUUUAAUUCCACUAUGAAACAAAGACAACAACAACAAUAUCCCGUGCUUGAUGACAUCGCGUUAACAUCAACAACUCAUGAAUCUAAUGGUAUUUUCAAACAUAAAAGAGAAAGAGGAAAUACAAAUACUUCAUCAAAAGGAGCUGGCUCCAUUGAUAAUAACAAAUCUCAGCAAAAUCCUCAACCACAAGAUGACCAAUCAUCUGAUCAAAAAUGGUCAGUAUUAAAACAAUUAACGAUAUCAGAAACUUCAAUAACAAAUGUUACAAGAAAUGUAUUAAAACCAUUACAUAAUUUAGUUAAGUUGAAUUUAUCAAACAAUUUAUUACAAGAGUUACCAGAGGGAUUAGAUCAAUUAACAAAUAUAAAGUAUCUAAAUUUUUCAGAUAACUAUAUAACAAAUUUAAAUAAUUUACCACUGAAUUUAGAAAAUUUGAUAUCGUUAAAUUUGAACAAUAAUAAAAUCCUAAAUCUAGAUGGAUUAGAGAAUUUAGUCUCAUUAGAAAAAAUUGAUUUAAGAAGAAAUCAAAUCGCUGAAUUAUCAGAUUGUAAAUCAUUAAUUUUAUUAACUCAAAACACUAAAAACUUUGAUAAUGUUUAUAUUUCACAAAAUAAAUUAUCAAAAAACUAUAGAGUUGAGUUAUUCAACUUAUUCUAUGGUAUUAAAUAUAAAAAUAACAACAUCAAGAUUGAUGAUUCAAAACCUGGAUAUUUUGAAAAAGCUAUGUUAUUAGAUCAAGAUUCUGCUAUUAAAAAUUUAAAACAAUUCCUAGGGAUUGUAGAGGAAGAAAUCGAUAGUAAUACUAAUGACAAUUCAAAAGUGAAACAACAGUUACAAGAAAUCCAACAAAUCAUCAACCGUACUAAUAAUGCUAACAAAAAAAAUGAUAAUGAUAAUGACAAGGAUAGUGAUGAAACAAGUGGAACUGUCACAACAUUAGUGCCAAGCUCCCCGACUUUAUUAAAACCAGUAGAUCUUAAAAAUAAUAUGAAAAAUUUGAAAUUAGAUACUUCAGUAAAAACACCUUCAUCACCACCACCACCACCAGCUCCACAACAAUCAAGACAAAAUAUAAGGUCUAACAGCAGUUCAACAUCGACUUCCGUACAGGCAUCUCCACAACAACACCAAACACAUCAUAAUAAUACAAGAAAAAUUACAAGAUAUGAUUUAUCACAUACAGUUUUAUCAACAUCAUUACAGUUUUUAUCACAACCAAGUUCUCCAUUACAUAAUAAUCAAAACAUGUUGAAUAAGAUAAUUGAGGCAUCCCCAAAUUCAACUAUAAAUAGUAGCAACAGUAAUAAUAAUACAACAACUAAUUCACCAAUAAUAUCAACUUCCAAUAAUAAUAAUUUAACAACCAAAAUGAUGCAUUUAAAUUCUUCAGUAACCUCAAUACCUUCAUCAAUAAAAUCAAUGAAAAGAUCGACCACAUUAAUAGAUUUAGACAAAGAUAUUCAAAAUAGUAAUUCUCCAAAUAACAAUUCAUUGGCUGCUCCAAAUAUUGUUACUCCAGUUCAAGUAACCGCUAGAAUGAGUACAUAA